UUGGAGCAUUAGUUUUUUGUCACACACCUCACUUCGACAACUGAGAAGGAAGAAGACUUCAUUCUCCUUUUGCCUCUAGUUCGUCUGGAAAAAGUGCUUCACUCAUUUUGGACCAGAAUCAUGAAGGUCCUGCCAUUCUGCCUGCUUGUCUGCUUGCUCCCCCUGCAGGCCACCGCCUCCGAGUUCGUAAAUACAACCAGCGACCCGGGCCUGGAAAACAACACGCGCGCGCGCUACGAGAAGUUCAAAAGGCAGCACGUGGACAAAAAGAUGACGGCGGAAAAAUGCACGGCAACGAUGAAACGGAAGAAGAUCUACGACGACAAUAACGUCUGCAAGAAGAUGAACACGUUCAUUCUCGCUGAUGCCAAGGAAGUCAAGUCUGUUUGUAGCGGUGAAGGUGUUUAUAAUAACGCACGUCAUUACACGGAGAGCAAGAAGAAGUUCACAGUUGUGGUUUGUACGGUCAAGAAACAAGCCAGGAAACCCAAAUGUGAAUACAAGGGAAAAUGUCUGAAUAACAGAGUCAUUGCUGUGAAUUGCCAAGAUGGUUUACCUGUGCACUACGCAGGAGAUCACAUGUAAACCUUAUGGGGAGGAAAAUGCUUUAAAACUAGAUGCUAAUCUAUUGUGAGCAACUGUGAUGGAAAAAUUACAUUAAGCCUUAAGGUCACAUCUGCUAGUCAUGUUAUAUGAAUGAC